AAUCAGCUAAUCACAGAGCUCAAAUUAACGGAUCAAAGCGAAUCCAAUUGAUAGAAAGCGGAAGAAUCAAUUUUAGAGAGAGAAAAUCGGAAUUUGUUGAAAGGGGAGGGAAGAGAAAGGAUGUGUCUGGUAUUCGUGUGCGACGAAGACGAGAGGGUGAUCGGAAGGCAGGCGGCGCCGGGGGCGUGCCCGUACUGCGGCGGAAUGGUGCAGGCCAUGGACGUACAGAGUCAGUGGCGCCUCUGCUUCGUGCCGCUCUAUUAUAAGACCAAGCGCAGGUUGUACUGCUCCAUCUGCUCCCGCCGUUUGGUCGUCCAAUAACAAAUAUCCACCUGGCCUUUUUAUUUUGCUCAUUACUAUUUCAUUUUUAUAUUUUUAUAUAUAUAUUUUUUUAGAAUUUUUGUUUAAUUAUACUGUAAUAUCUAGAAUUUAGGAUGUAGUGUUCGUGUAUAUGUUUUAUGGAUGAUGUAAUUUUUUUUUUAUGUUACAGAUGUCAUAUAUUUAAUAACAUAAUUAAUAAUUUUUGAUUGAAUUUGGUGAUUAUAAUACUGAGAAGAUUGGCUUCUA